AUUAUUAGAAUUUAGUUUAGUUUGUGUUUAAACGGGUCGGACACAACACCUAUUAUAAUGCGUUUUAUUGUGAUUUUGGCCACCCUGGUGGUUUGUGCCACCGCUGCGAGUUUACAUAAGCAACCAACCGUAAAUGAUAGUGGCAAAAUUCGUUAUGACGAUUAUAAAGUUUACAAAUUGAAUAUUAAGAAUAAAGUACAAUUGUCAAUUGUUAACAUAUUGCAAGAUCUAAGUGAAAAGUACAACAUUUGGAAGGAUUACGAUGAGGCCACCAAAGAAAUUCACAUAAUGGUUAAACCUCAAGAAGUUUCCAAUUUCCUACAAUUACUAAAAGUUUAUGGUUUCGAAAGUGAGCUAAUGAUAAACAAUGUUCAAGAAUUAAUCGAUGUCGAAGAAACUGCUUCAGAAUUAUCUGCUGAUAAUGUUGAAUUCGGUUGGACUCGCUACUAUCAAUUGCAUGAAAUCGAACAGUGGUUAGAUGGUAUUUUGGCUGCUUAUCCCAAUGUUACCGAGGGUUUUGAAGUUGGUAAAUCCUAUGAAAAUCGUACUAUACGUGGUAUUAAGAUUUCCCAUAAGGCUGGUAAUCCUGGUAUUUUCAUUGAAUCGAAUAUACAUGCUCGUGAAUGGAUUACUUCGGCUACCGCCACUUGGUUUAUCAAUCAAUUGCUGACUUCACAGGAUCCAGCUGUACGUAAUUUGGCUGAAAGUUAUGAUUGGUAUAUCAUUCCAGUAUUCAAUGUUGAUGGAUUUGUUUAUUCUCAUGAAAAGGACCGUAUGUGGCGUAAAACUCGCCAACCCAUCGAAUCGAACGCUUGCAUUGGUACCGAUGCCAACCGUAACUUCGAUUCUCAUUGGAUGGCUAAUGGUGGUGCCUCCAGCAAUCCCUGUAGUGAAACUUUUGCCGGUCCCAAAGCUUUCUCGGAACCAGAAGCUGCGGCUUUAGCCAAAUAUGUCACCUCCAUCAAAGAUAAAAUCAAAAUCUAUUUGUCUUUCCACUCUUAUGGUCAGUAUUUAUUGUCUCCUUAUGGUCAUACCGCAGAAGAGUUUCCCGAAAACUAUGAUGAUAUUGUCGCAAUUGGUAAGGCAUUCCAUGAUGCUAUUGCUGAUUUACCUUAUAAGACUGAGUACAGAUAUGGUUCCACUGCCACCGUAUUGUAUGUUGCUUCUGGUUCCUCCGUCGAUUGGGUUUUCAAUACAUUGGGUGUUAAAGUUGGCUAUACCAUUGAGUACCGUGACAAGGGUCGCUAUGGCUUUGUCUUACCCCCCGUGCAAAUUUUGCCCAAUUGUGAAGAGUUGAUGGCCGGUAUGAUUGCUUUGGUUGGCAAAUCCAAAGAAUUGAAUUAUGUGUAAAUGUUUUUUAUAUUUUUAAUAUUUCAUUAAAUUUUGUAAAUUUUUUAAUUAAAA